UUGUUUUCAGAGUUUAUGGCGCGAAUCACAGACGCGAAUGAAUGGAAUACGGCUUCACACACAUAGGUUUUCGAAAUAAUAAAAUGCAGACAGAUUAGCAAAUUAAUUAUCCUGCUGCCUUAUACAAGAGAUGUUUCUAUGUGUGUCAGAAGUGAGAGAGAGAGAGAGAAAAAAACUAAUUUGAAAUGAGAUCAAUGUCUUUUAGAAGAUAGUUUUAAUUCUCGUAAUCAGCGCAAGACUCUGCUUCUGUCUCGCGGUAACAAUCAUAUGUCAUCAUGUCAAAAAGCAACAAGGAUGCAUACAUUGUGAAAUUUGUCGAACGCAAUGGACAUAUGAGUGAUAUGGCUCUCCAGGCCCAUAAGGCAAUAGUGGAACUGCAGUCGGAGAAAUAUGUGCAGACGCUGGAUGAGGAAGCCGCACUAGAGCUGGACCACAAUGACAAGUCCCUGUUUGUUUUCAGUGACUUCACCAGCCAUGCCUUUGAACACUGCAGGAGGCUGGGAUGCAGGAUCGUAAGUCCUCUGGUAGUGCUGUUCUGUCUGCAGAAGCAGAGAUGUGUGCCCAAAGCAGAGCAGCCUGUGUACAACAUGGCCAUGAAUGAUGUCACUGUCUCCUGCACCAACCUUGACAAAGAGUCACGGAGCGAAGUGAUGGAUCUUGUCCAGCUGAUGGGUGGACGAGUCUACCGUGAUCUCAAUGUCUCUGUUACUCACCUGGUGGCAGGUGAAGUGGGGAGUAAGAAAUACCUUGUGGCCUCAAGCCUUGGGAAGCCCAUCCUUUUGCCCAGCUGGGUGAAAGCAUGCUGGGAACAGUCUCAGGAUAGUGUUUUCCAUCACUCUGAGCUGAACAUGGAGGACUAUCAGUGUCCAGUCCUGAAAGGCUGUACGGUGUGUGUGACGGGACUCUCUACUGUGGAGCGUAAAGAUGUUCAGAGGUUGUGUGAGCAGAAUGGAGGCAACUACACGGGGCAGCUCAAGAUGAAUGAGUGCACUCACCUGAUUGUCAGUGAACCCACAGGCCAGAAAUAUGAGUUUGCCCGUAAAUGGAACGUAUACUGUGUGUCCCUGCACUGGCUGUUUGACAGCAUCGAGAAGGGCUUCUGUCAGGAUGAGAGGAGGUAUGCCGUGGAGCGUGGACAAAAGAAAGCGGAGGAGAAGCCGGACAGACCCAGCAACUCUACACCUACAGGACCCAACCGGACCAAAGAGGAAGGUCCUUCACUUAUGGGAUUAAGCCGUAUUUCCAAUUUCAGUAUGAAUGUUAAUGAAACGGCCCUCACAACAGCAGGAAUCAGCUACAUUGAGACUCCUGAUCCAGUUGACACAUUUGACAUGACUGUCUGUCGAGUUGAUGACCUGUUGGAUGGCUGUAAGUUAUACCUAUGUGGCUUUUCAGGAAAGAAACUGGAGAAACUGCGAAGGAUGGUGAACUCUGCUGGAGGGCUGCGCUUCAACCAGCCCAGCCAAGAGCUGACGCAUAUAGUGAUGGGUGAACCAGACCAGGGGGUCAAAGUCUUCCUUGACAAAGCCACUCACAGACCACAUAUAGUGACUGUGCAGUGGUUGCUGGACAGUUUCUCCCGGGGUUCCUUGCUGCCAGAGGAUGGCUACUUUCACCCCUCUUUCCUGCCCCCUGCCCCAGCUGCUGUUGAUAUGCCUGCUCCUAACAAGGCUGCCCCCCGUGCCUCCAGACCAUCUGUAGCUCCCCCUCCUGCCCCUAGCCCAAACCGACAAGCCAGAGCUGAGGAUGACCUGCUAUCGCAAUACAUGGAGAAUGACCAGACUGUGGUGGAGCUGCCUCAAGCCAGAAAUAGUAGCAGCAGCAGGCAGAGCGUUUUGCUUCCACAGCCUUCACCUGCAGGGAAGGACUCCACCUUGGUUGUAACCACAGAGGGUGGCCUGUUUUCAGGGAAGUGCUUUAUCGUGGUUGGUUUUGGAGCCGAGGCUGAAGCCCAGCUCUCAGAGCUAGUCAUGGAAAACUCUGGGAAGAUCUUGGUUGGCCGUUCGAGAGCUGUGGCGCAUUAUGCCAUUGUGCCACUGCUGGGCUGUGAUGUGGAGGCCACAGUAGAUGAGGUUGCAACAGAUACCUGGCUGGUCAUGUGUGUGGAGCAGCAGUGCGUGUUGCCGCUAGCCUCUCAUCCUCUUUUCAGUCCAGUAGCAGUGAGAGAAGGCUUCUCUCCUCUCAAAGACUGUGUGCUGUAUGUCAGUCAGUUCACCGGAGCUGAGAGAGAGGCUCUCAUUCAGCUUGCCAAACACCUGGGAGCGAGUGUUCAUGAUUACUUUGUGCGGACUGCUAAUCAGAGAAAGGGAAUGGUGGCCAGCACUCAUUUGGUACUCCAGACUCCUGAGGGCGCUAAGUACCAGGCGGCACAGAAAUGGGGGCUACCUGCAGUCACAAUCCGCUGGGUUUUAGAGUCUGCUAGAACAGGGAAGCGUGCUGAUGAGGAACGGUACCUGGUUGACCUGACUCCUUCUCCAGAGAGAACUGAGGACAGUUUUGUUGGAGCAUCUCAGAAAGAUCCACCACCUCUGCGUCUCCAUCAGCGUUCACCAGAGCUACCACUACUGGGCCCACAAAAUAGCACUGCCAUCACCCCUCUGGACAUGGCACGCUUUCAGAGCCGCACUGUCCGCUCAGUGGUCAGGAAGUUGAGAGAGGAAGAGGAAGAUGUGGCCACCCCAGGACAGGAGAAGGCUAAAGGAGCCUUGCAGAAAGAUUCUUCCCUCCAACUAGACACUCCCUCUCGAUUCCUGAGCAGAGACCGACUCUUCGGCCCCUCAUUUAACACAAAGGAUGUGUUUGACCAUUUACAAACUCCUGGUAAUAAGCCUCAGCAAGGUCAGGGGUCAGAGACUCCUCUGUCAGAGGUCAUUGAGAAGAACCUUAAAGCUGCAGUAGCCAACAGCAACCGUAGCCAUGUCACAAGCCUUGAAGCCAAGACUGCCAGUCCACAACUGGGAAAAGAUCCUGAACCUGAGGUGGAGCAGAAGGCUGCAGCUCCUCUCAGUGGGGUGGUGGUGUGUGUAAGCAAGAAAUUAAGCAAGAAACAGAGUGAACUCAAUGCAGUGGCUGCCUCUCUUGGCGCAGACUUCAGGUGGUCGUGUGACGACUCUGUCACUCAUUACAUCUACCAGGGUAAAGUGGGAGACAACAGUAAAGAAUAUAAAGCUGUCAAAGAGACAGGACUGCACAUAGUGUCACAACACUGGCUACAGGCUUGUGCAGAUGAGCAAAAGCAUGUGUCUGAGUCACUCUACCCUUUUACAUUCAAUCCCAAAAUGAGCCUCACCAUGAGUCAGGUGGCAGAUACCACUCAGAGGUCACCUCCUCCUUCCACUCCCCGCACCAGACUCAGGGCAUGUAAAGAAAACGAGGAGACAAUGCUUAGCCCUGUUGACAAAACCACAGACCUCUCAACCUCUCAGUGUGUCAGUUUGGGAGAGCCAGAGAAAGAUCAGACCAUAGGCACAGAGAAAAAUCUCAAAGAAACACUUGAGAUGAGAGAGAGUCUUCAAAGGCAACUUCAGGAGAUCAUGUCUGCUACUAAACUGACCAGCGGUCGUCGAGGCUCCUCGCGUUUGGCCAGAACUGGCUCAGGGGGACUAGACUCACCCCACACCCUGGACAGCCUGGGGCGAAUGGGAAGACGCAGCCGUACUUUAGAGGCCCUACGGAUGUCACGUCAGAUGGCUGUGGACCUGAAUACAGAGCCGUCCCAGAGUGAGCAGAUCGUGUGGGAUGACCCCACAGCACGAGAGGAGAGAGCUAAAUUGGCUGAUAACCUGCAGUGGCCUGGUAGCCCCUCUCAGCACUCUGAAACCCUCGCCAUCGUCCCACCGCCCCUCCCUGACCACACAGCCAGUGGCAGGGUCUCCAUGACUGACUCUGAACUUGUGGAAAUGGCUGCUUUUGAAGUCAUCGAAGCACAGCUGAAGCCAAAGGUGACCCCACCUCCAACUGACACGCUUCAGAGCCCUGAAACACAUGAAGCACCUAUUCUUGCUAUUCUUAUAUCUCGGAAUCAGGUUGAAGAUGAGGAGGAGGAGGUAAAGGAUCCUCCACGUUUCCUGCUGUCUUCAUUAAACCCACAGGAACGCAUAGACUACAGUCAUCUCAUAGAGGAGCUAGGUGGUGUUGUGCUGGAGAAGCAGAGUUUCGACCCCAGCUGCACUCAUGUUGUUGUUGGCUAUCCUCUGAGGAAUGAGAAGUACCUGGCCGCUAUGGCAGCGGGCAAGUGGAUUCUUCACCGCUCGUAUCUGGAGGCCUGCCGUGCUGAAGGACACUUCAUACAGGAGGAGCAGUAUGAGUGGGGCAGCAGCUCUAUCCUGGACGCUCUGCCAUCCAUCAACUCUCAGCAGAAGAGACUGGCACUGGCAGCCAUGCGAUGGAGGAAAACACUACAAGGUUGCUCAAACACGGAGGGAGCGUUUGGUGGCUGGACUGUGAUGCUGAAUAUUGACCAGGCCAGAGAGGCUGGAUUCAGACGGCUGCUGGAGUCCGGGGGAGCCCAGGUGUUGCCAGACCCUUCUCCCUUGUGGUUUAAAGAGACCACUCACCUCUUUGUGGAUUUUAGUCGGUUAAAACCGAGUGACGUCAGAGUGGAUGUCAGUGGAGCUGCAGCUCAGGGAGUCAAAUGUCUUAAACCAGAGUACAUUGCUGAUUACCUCAUGCAGGAGCCUUGUCCUUCAAUGGACGCUUACUAUCUCCCUUGUGCAGCAGCUGAGGAUCUAGAAAAGGUUCAAGAUACAUCUUCACGCAAACGAAAAGCCUCUGGGAACAUGUCCACAUUGAAGAAGAGUCGUUUGAGAUGAAAUGUAAAAUUUCAAAUGCUAAUGCAUUAUGUAUUUAUGUGAUUUUAUUCAAUUGUUACAUUGUAGAUAAAAAAACGUAUUGUCAAUAAAAAAAAAAAAUCUAAAUGUGAACCACGGUCCAAGAACAGUGAAGUGAAAUAAGUGAAGGUGCGUUCUUCAAAAUAAACUAUGAUAGCCAGAAUUACUCAAGCUUGCAUUUGUGUUAUGCUAGACCUUUCUAGUAGAUGUACUACCACUUUCUGCCCUACAGAGUGAGGGUUGUUCUCAUGAUGGAAAGAUGAACGGACUUAACUGGUCAUUUUAUCCUUAAAUUACACACACACUUUUUUUUUUUUUCAAACCAAUCACAAAUGGAUGGAUGAGUACUAGGUGCUUUGCAAUUAUGUACAGGAAGACAAAUUAGACAUCGAGAAAAAGAUCUUGAA